CCAACAAAAUGGCGGCGGCGGCGGCGUCGCUUUGUUUCCGCGGUUCCUGCGGCGGUGGCAGUGGUAGUGGCCUUUAAGCUGUGGGGUGGACCCAGAACCAGCUGUAGUGCCGACUAGGAGUCCAGUGCACUUCUAUCAUAACCCGGCGCCGGGGAGCGCACAGCGGCGCCCUAGGGUCGCUGAAGUCGACGAGGCAUUGAAGCGAAAACAUGACUGCUGAGCCCAUGAGGUAAAACACAGGUUCCGGCAUUCUGGGCCUACUUUCCUUCGCAGUUAGGUGUUUGGAAAGCUUUUGGCUUGGUAGGCCCGACCUGUGUGUUGCUUAGGGAAAAAGACAUCUGUUUUUAGUGAAAGCAAGUUGAAUACAUUGGUACAGAAACUUCAUGACUUCCUGGCACAGUCCUCAGAAGAAUCUGAAGAAACAAGUUCCCCUCCAAGACUUGUGAUGAACCAAAGCACAGAAAAAAGCAGUGGUUCUGGAACUAGUUCUGAUAUAAUGGAAAACAACAAAGAGGAGGGAGCUAGCUCUUCAGAAAAGUCAAAAUUGUCAGGAGCUUCUCGAUCAAAGAGGAAACCCUCAGUUGUAACCAAGUAUGUAGAAUCUGAUGAUGAAAAACCCUCGGAUGAAAAUGUAAAUGAAGAUGCUUCUAAUGAAAAUUCAGAAAGUGAUAUUGCUAUACAAAGCUUGCCAAAAGGUACAGUGAUUGUACAACCAGAGCCAGUGCUGAAUGAAGACAAAGAUGAUUUUAAAGGGCCUGAAUUUAGAAGCAGAAGUAAAAUGAAAACUGAAAGUCUCAAAAAACGCGGAGAAGAUGGUCUUCAUGGAAUUGUGAGCUGUACAGCUUGUGGACAACAAGUCAAUCAUUUUCAGAAAGAUUCCAUUUAUAGACACCCUUCACUGCAAGUUCUUAUUUGUAAGAACUGUUUUAAAUAUUACAUGAGUGAUGAUAUUAGCCGUGACUCAGAUGGGAUGGAUGAACAAUGUAGAUGGUGUGCAGAAGGUGGUAAUUUGAUUUGUUGUGACUUUUGCCAUAAUGCUUUCUGCAAGAAAUGCAUUCUCCGCAACCUUGGUCGAAAGGAACUGUCUACAAUAAUGGAUGAAAACAACCAAUGGUAUUGCUACAUUUGUAACCCGGAGCCUUUGUUGGACUUGGUCACUGCAUGUAACAGCGUAUUUGAAAAUUUAGAACAAUUGUUGCAACAGAACAAGAAGAAGAUAAAAGUUGAAAUUGAAAAGAGUAAUAAAGUAUAUGACCAUACACCUAGAUUUUCUCCCAAGAAAAGUAGUUCUAAUUGUAAUGGAGAAGAAAAGAAAGUAGAGGAUUUAUGUUCUGGUUCUGUGACCUAUACAUACUCAGCACUAAUCGUGCCCAAAGAGAUGAUUAAAAAGGCAAAAAAGCUGAUUGAGACCACAUCUAGCAUGAACUCCAGUUAUGUUAAAUUUCUGAAACAGGCAACAGAUGAUUCAGAAAUCAAUUCUAUUGUUAAGUUACGUCAGCUUAAGGCUUUCAAAUCUGUAUUGGCUGAUAUUAAGAAAGCUCAUUUUGCAUUAGAAGAAGAUUUAAACUUUGAGAUUAGUGCUUUGGAUGUUGUAAAUGAGAAAAAUACCAAAGAACAUAAAAUCAUAGACUGUAAGUCUGAAACAAAAAUACGUAAAGGAGACAAAUCCUGUACUUUGGAGAAAAGGGAUAUUUCAAAGUCAGAGGCUAAACUGUCAAGAAAGCAUUUAGAUAGUGAGUGUGUGGAUCAGAAUGUUACAGCAGAGGAACAAAGAGGACAUAAAAGCACCAGUGGUGAACAUAAGAAAUAUGAUAAAAAAGAACCUCAGUAUGAACCUGCUAAUACUUCUGAAGACUUAGACAUGGACAUUGUGUCAGUUCCCUCUUCAGUUCCAGAAGAUAUUUUUGAAAACCUUGAGACUGCUAUGGAAGUUCAGAAUUCAGCUGAUUAUCAUGGAGAUGGCUACAGUGGAACUGAGCAAGAAAUGGAGAAUCCUUCUGUAAAAUUAAAUACCACUUCAAAAGACAACAGAGGCUCCAUUAAAUCAAAAACUAAAGUAACAAAAGAAUUGUAUGUUAAACUUACCCCUGUUUCUCUUACAAAUUCCCCCAUUAAAGGUACAGAUUGUCAAGAAGUUCCACAAGAUAAAGUUGGUAAUAAAAGUUCUGAUCUUAAACCCAAGCCAGCAAAUUGUGAACUUGCACAGGAAAACAAUGAUAGUGAGCACUUAAUUGAAAGUGAAGUUCCAUUGGUUUCUGAAGAAUCUGAUCUUAGAAGAUCCCCACGUGUAAAGACUACCCCUUUGAGAAGACAGACAGAAACUAACCCUGCAACAUCUAAUUCAGACGAAGAAGGUAAUGAAACCGUUAAGGAGAAACAAAAACUAUCAGUUACAGUGCGAAAGAAAGAUAAGCGGAAUUCUUCUGAUAGUAGUACAGAUAAUCCUAAACCUAAUAAAUUGCCUAAAUCUAAGCAGUCUGAGAUUGUGGAGCAGAAUUCAGAUUCUGAUGAAAUGUUAGCAAUCCUAAAAGAGGUAUCCAGGAUGAGUCACAGUUCUUCUUCAGACACUGACAUUAAUGACACUCAUACAAAUCAUGAGAACACUUUGUAUGAUUUAAAAACUCAAACCAAGAAAGACGGUAAAGGAAAAAGGAAGCGAAAGAGUUCUACUUCUGGUUCAGAUUUUGAUAUAAAAACAGGAAAAUCAGCUAAAAGGUCUAUAAUUUCUAAAAAGAAACGACAGAACCAGUCUGAAUCUUCCAACUAUGACUCAGAAUUAGAAAAAGAGAUAAAGAGUAUGAGUAAAAUUGGGGCUGUGAGAACAACCAGAAAAAGAGUUCCAAAUAAAGAAGUUUAUGAUUCUUCUGAAGAUGAAAAACACAACAAAACGGGAUUAGAUAAACCAGGACAGAAAAGUUUGAAGUCUGCACAAGAAGGGUCAUCUGAUGAUGCUGAAAGAAAACAAGAGAAGGGAAAUUGCUCUUUAGUAGAAGGCACAGCUGAUAAAGACAAGAUCACCAUGGAAUUAAGAGAUAGACUUUCUAAAAAACAGUUGCCAGGUGUCUCCUCUGAUAGUGCUUAUAAGCCAAUUUCUGGGAAAGAAGAGAGUUUCAAUUCUCCAGAAGACACAAAGAUUGAUGAAACUAAAGAAAAGAGGAAACAUCUAAAAACCAAAACAUGUAAGAAAGUACAGAGUGGUGGGUCUGUUGCGGAGGAAUCUCCAAAGAAAGAGUUGAGUGAUGAAUCCUCUGAUGAUGAUAAAAAGGAGAACAAAAAAGGAGCUGAGCAUAAAGGAAAGAAAACUAUGGACUUCAAGAAAAAAGUAAUUAAAGUGGAACAGCAAUAUGAAUCAUCAUCGGACGGCACAGAGAAGUCACCUGAUAGAGAAGAAACCUGUCAUUUUCCCCAAAGCAUAAAACAAAGCAAGAAUGACACAACUAAUGGAGAAAAGAAAAGUAAAAAAAUAAAAGAUAAAACUUCUAAAAGGAAGGAUGAUUUUUCUGAUAAUACGGAGAAGUCACCAGGGAAAAUAGAUAGUGGUGAUUCUUCAGAAGAUAAAAGGAGUAAAAAUGGAGCUUCCAGUAGAGAGAAGAAAAAAAGCGGUAAUUUGUCUGAAAAGAGUCCAGGGAAGAGACAAGAUGGUUCGUCAACUGAUACUGAGAAAUAUUCCAUAAAGGAAGAGCGUUGUGAUUCUUCUGCUAAAAGACUGAAAAGAAUAGAAUUGAGGGAAAGACGGAAUUUAAAUUCAAAGAGAAGUACCAAGGAAGUACAGAGUGGCUCAUCGUCUUCUGAUGCUGAAGAAAGUUCUGAAGAUAAUAAAAAACCAAAGCAAAGAACUCUAGCUAAGAAAAAGACAGGAAGUGUUAAGGAGAAAAUGAAAAAUUCUGUACGAACAAGCACUAAAAGGAAACAAGCUGACAUUAUUUCCUCAUCUUCUUCUGAUAUUGGAGAUGAUGAUCAUAAUUCUGUAGGUGAGGGGAGCAGUGAUGAACAGAAAAUUAAACCUGUGAAUGAAAACUUAGUGCUGUCUUCUCAUACUGGAUUUUGCCAAUCUUCAGGAGAUGAAGCCUUAUCUAAAUCAGUGCCUGUCACAGUGGAUGAUGAUGAUGAUGACGACAAUGAUCCUGAGAAUAGAAUUGCCAAGAAGAUGCUUUUAGAAGAAAUUAAAGCCAAUCUUUCCUCUGAUGAAGAUGGAUCUUCAGAUGAUGAACCAGAAGAUCAAAAAAAGAGAACUGGAAAACACAAUGAAGAAAACCAUGGGGAUGAUGAAUCAAAAAAUCAUGUCAAUUCUGAAUCAGAUUCAGAUUCUGAAGAAUCUAAGAAACCAAGAUUCAGGCAUAGGCUAUUGAGGCAUAAAUUGACUGUGAGUGAUGGAGAAUCUGGAGAAGAAAAAAAGGCAAAGUCUAAGGAGCACAAAGAAGCUAAGGGCAGAAAUAGAAGAAAAGUGAGCAGUGAAGAUUCUGAAGAUUCUGAUUUUCAGGAGUCAGGAGUUAGUGAAGAAGUUAGUGAAUCUGAAGAUGAACAGCGACCCAGAACAAGGUCUGCAAAGAAAGCAGAGUUGGAAGAAAAUCUGCGUAGUUAUAAGCAGAAAAAGAAACGGCGACGUAUUAAGGUUCAAGAAGAUUCAUCUAGUGAAAACAAGAGUAAUUCAGAAGAAGAUAAAGAAGAAGAGGAGGAUGAGGAAGAAGAAGAUGAAAAUGAUGAUUCCAAGUCUCCUGGAAAAGGCAGAAAGAAAAUUCGGAAGAUUCUUAAAGAUGAUAAGCUAAGAACAGAAACACAAAAUGCUCUUAAGGAAGAAGAAGAGAGGCGAAAACGUAUAGCUGAGAGGGAACGGGAGAGAGAAAAAUUGAGAGAGGUGAUUGAAAUUGAAGACGCUUCACCUACCAAGUGUCCAAUAACAACAAAGUUGGUUUUAGAUGAAGAUGAAGAAACUAAAGAACCUCUAGUGCAGGUUCAUAGUAAUAUGGUUAUCAAAUUGAAGCCCCAUCAAGUAGAUGGUGUUCAGUUUAUGUGGGACUGCUGUUGUGAGUCUGUUAAAAAGACAAAGAAAUCUCCAGGUUCAGGAUGCAUUCUUGCCCACUGUAUGGGCCUUGGUAAAACUUUACAGGUUGUAAGUUUUCUUCAUACAGUCCUUUUGUGUGACAAAUUGGAUUUCAGUACAGCUUUAGUGGUGUGUCCUCUUAAUACUGCUUUGAAUUGGAUGAAUGAAUUCGAGAAGUGGCAAGAAGGAUUAAAAGAUGAUGAGAAACUUGAGGUCUCUGAAUUAGCAACUGUAAAACGCCCCCAGGAAAGAAGCUAUAUGCUACAGAGGUGGCAAGAAGAUGGUGGUGUUAUGAUCAUAGGAUAUGAGAUGUACAGAAAUCUUGCUCAAGGAAGAAAUGUAAAGAGUAGGAAACUUAAAGAAAUAUUUAAUAAAGCUUUAGUUGAUCCAGGCCCUGACUUUGUAGUUUGUGAUGAAGGUCAUAUUCUAAAAAAUGAAGCAUCUGCUGUUUCAAAAGCUAUGAAUUCUAUACGAUCGAGGAGGAGGAUUAUUUUGACAGGAACACCACUUCAAAACAAUCUCAUUGAGUAUCAUUGCAUGGUUAACUUUAUCAAGGAAAACUUACUUGGAUCUAUUAAGGAGUUCAGGAAUCGAUUUAUAAAUCCAAUCCAAAAUGGUCAGUGUGCAGAUUCUACCAUGGUGGAUGUCAGAGUGAUGAAAAAACGUGCUCACAUCCUCUAUGAGAUGUUAGCUGGAUGUGUUCAGAGGAAAGAUUAUACAGCAUUAACCAAGUUCUUACCUCCAAAACAUGAAUAUGUACUUGCUGUGAGAAUGACUUCAAUUCAGUGCAAACUCUAUCAAUACUAUUUAGAUCACUUAACAGGUGUAGGUAAUAGCAGUGAAGGUGGUAGAGGAAAAGCAGGUGCAAAACUUUUCCAAGAUUUUCAGAUGUUAAGUAGAAUCUGGACUCAUCCUUGGUGUUUGCAGCUGGACUAUAUUAGCAAAGAAAAUAAGGGCUAUUUUGAUGAAGACAGCAUGGAUGAAUUUAUAGCUUCAGAUUCUGAUGAAAGUUCCAUGAGUUUAAGUUCUGAUGAUUUUACAAAAAAGAAGAAAACAAAGGGGAAAAAAGGGAAAAAAGAUAGUAGCUCCAGUGGCAGUGGUAGUGACAAUGAUGUUGAAGUGAUUAAAGUCUGGAAUUCAAGAUCUCGAGGAGGUGGUGAAGGAAAUGUGGAUGAAACUGGAAACAAUCCUUCAGUUUCUCUAAAGUUAGAAGAAAGUAAAGCUACUUCCUCAUCUAAUCCAAGCAGCCCUGCCCCAGACUGGUAUAAAGAUUUUGUCACAGAUGCUGAUGCUGAGGUUUUGGAGCAUUCUGGAAAAAUGGUACUUCUGUUUGAAAUUCUUCGAAUGGCAGAGGAAAUUGGUGACAAAGUCCUUGUUUUCAGCCAGUCUCUCAUAUCACUGGACUUAAUUGAAGAUUUUCUUGAUUUGGCUAGUAGAGAAAAGACAGAAGAUAAAGAUAAACCUCUUAUUUAUAAAGGUGAAGGGAAGUGGCUCCGAAACAUUGACUAUUACCGUUUAGAUGGUUCUACUACUGCACAGUCAAGGAAAAAAUGGGCUGAAGAAUUUAAUGAUGAAACUAAUGUGAGAGGACGAUUGUUUAUCAUUUCUACCAAAGCAGGAUCUCUUGGAAUUAAUCUGGUAGCUGCUAAUCGGGUGAUUAUAUUUGAUGCUUCUUGGAAUCCAUCCUAUGACAUACAAAGUAUAUUCAGAGUUUAUCGCUUUGGACAAACUAAACCUGUAUAUGUAUACAGGUUCUUAGCUCAGGGAACUAUGGAAGAUAAGAUUUAUGAUCGGCAAGUAACUAAGCAAUCACUUUCCUUUCGAGUUGUUGAUCAGCAGCAAGUGGAACGUCAUUUCACUAUGAAUGAGCUUACUGAACUUUAUACCUUUGAACCAGACUUAUUAGAUGAUCCUAAUUCUGAAAAGAAGAAGAAAAGGGACACACCCAUGCUGCCAAAGGACACAAUACUUGCAGAACUUCUUCAGAUACAUAAGGAACACAUUGUAGGAUAUCAUGAGCAUGAUUCUCUUUUGGACCACAAAGAGGAAGAAGAGUUGACUGAAGAAGAAAGAAAAGCAGCUUGGGCUGAGUAUGAAGCAGAGAAGAAGAUACCACAAGAGAUCCAGGGAUUCAGAAGGGGGAAAGGAGAAAAUCUAAGGGGACUGACAAUGCGUUUCAACAUACCAACUGGGACCAAUUUACCCCCUGUCAGUUUCAACUCUCAGACUCCUUAUAUUCCUUUCAAUUUGGGAGCCUUGUCAGCAAUGAGUAAUCAACAGCUGGAGGACCUCAUUAAUCAAGGAAGAGAAAAAGUUGUGGAGGCAACAAACAGUGUGACAGCAGUAAGGAUUCAGCCUCUUGAAGAUAUAAUUUCAGCUGUAUGGAAGGAAAACAUGAAUCUCUCAGAGGCCCAAGUACAGGCGUUAGCACUAAGUAGACAAGCCAGCCAGGAGCUUGAUGUUAAAAGAAGAGAAGCAAUCUACAAUGAUGUAUUGACAAAACAACAGAUGUUAAUCAGCUGUGUUCAAAGAAUACUUAUGAACCGAAGACUCCAGCAGCAAUAUAGUCAGCAACAACAGCAACAAAUGACUUAUCAACAAGCAACACUGAGUCACCUCAUGAUGCCAAAGCCUCCAAAUUUAAUCAUGAAUCCUACUAACUACCAGCAGAUUGAUAUGAGAGGAAUGUAUCAGUCAGUAGCUGGUGGUAUGCAGCCACCACCAUUGCAACGUGCACCACCCCCAAUGAGAAGCAAAAAUCCUGGUCCUUCCCAAGGGAAAUCAAUGUGAUUUUGCACUAAAAGCUUAAAAGAUUGUUAAAAUCGUAGAAAGAUCUUUUAUUUUUAUAGGAAUCAAUGACUUAACAGAACUCAACUGUAUAAAUAGUUUGGUCCCCUUAAAUGCCAAUCUUCCAUAUUAGUUUAAAUUUUUUUAAAUAGGGCAUAUCAUUUCUUCUCUGACAUUUGUCAGUGAUGUUGCCUAGAAUCUUCUUACACACAUUGAGUACAGAAGAUAUUUCAAAUUGUUUUCAGUGAAAACAAGUUCUUCCAUAACAGUAACAAUUUCAAGAUUUCCGCUCUAAAUUUUUAUGCCUGCUUUUAGCAACCAUAAAAUUUAUGAAUUUAGGAGAGAAUACAGAUUUAUAUAUUUGUUCUUUACAUAUAAAACACACAGCUGAGUUCUUAAAGUUGAUUCCUCAAAUUAUAAAAUACUUUUGUACUUAAUCCACUUCUUGAUUAAGUGAUUGAAUUGGUCUUAAUGUUCUUUUGACUGAAUAAUGAAACUGGGCUUCUGCUAUACAUCUCUGUGAAAGUUUAAAAAAAAGUAAGGAUUAUAUUUGACACAGAAUUGUGCAAUAUUCUUAAAUACUACUGCUCUAAAAUUAGGAGGAGUCUUGCAGUUAUGUUAACAUUAUAUAAGCAGCCUUAAGUACAACAUAAGAAGAGAAGUCCUUUUUCUUCUAUACUCCCUCUGCCAUUUUUUAUUUUCAGUUACACAUGCUGAAAUAAUCACUGGUAAAAUGUUCAGGUUGUGAGUUAUCUUCCACACGUGAAUUUUCUCUCUCCUGAGAUUAUAUAAGGACAUCUCAGUUGCUUUGUGUCAAUGCUAGUGCUUCAUCCUGUUGCUGGCAGUGGGAUAUGGAUAACAAAAGCAGGGUCUAGCAUUUUAGGAGGUUAAGACUAACUUGUGGCUGUUAAUGUUCACACAAAGUGGCAGAACUAUUGCUGACUAAGUUUACACGAGGAAUGUGUUUAAUAUUGACAGUUCCCAAUACUGUCAGUAUUGUGAAAUAAUUCCUCCUGAAGGAUCGCUGGCUUCUAUUCUCUUCUCUCAUCAUGUUCUUUCCCCCUCAAUUUCCCUAUGUUUUCUAAAAGAAACUGUUUCAAAAUUAAUUUUUUUAGUUUGUAUCCAUAAAGUAAUUUUCUGAUAAAAUUAGUUCAUCUAAUACCCCUUUAUGAAGUCUUACUAGAAAAUCAUUACAUUGUUGUUUUUCAUAAUUGAUGAGUGCAAAAUAACCCGUAAGUUUAUUUAUAUACAAUUUUGUUGCUUAACUUUCUUAAAGAAAAAAGAUUGCUAAACUGUGAGUCAACGUACCAUGAAAAAACAUUUUUUGAGAUGGUGAUAUCAUAGCUAAAAGAAACAGCUAAGGAAUUCCAGAAAUAAAGAAAACUGGGUAGAGGAUCUGCUCUAGGUAUAACUGAAGUUUAACAUUAGCAUAAACUGUUUUGGGUUAUUUAGAUGAUCAAUAGAUUUCCAUCUUUAUCUUGAAAGAACUAGUAAUAAAACAUUCAGGAACACUAGCUUUGUGAUACAGAAUUUCUAAGGUUUGGUGGUUCAACCCCACCCCCAACACCUUCCACCAGUGAGUUAUUAUUAGCAAAUUUGGAUACCAUUCCAGUCAUACAAUCAAAUUUAUUUACUGUGGGAGCAGCAUGUGUGUUUACUUUUAGAAGAAAUGAGGGGGAAGAAAACAGAUUUAUGAGAUACAUAUUUGAAGGCAGUAUACUCUGGCUGUUAUCUGUUGAUAUUUCUACAAGUCCAGAACACUUUACACGAUGCUUUACUGGGCCUGGGAACUUUCAACAUGGUUUAAUUAUUUACUUGCUCAAAGACAUAGAUGUGAAAAUUGUAGGCAAUUUUCACUAUGGAUGAAACUAUGGUUUAAAGGAUAAUAUAUAGAAGAAUUAAUUGGAAAUGAAAGAGUUUGAAAUAAAACUUGGACCACUUUGCAUACACUCUUAUCACUUGACAUUUUAGCUACAUAUAUGUACUUUGAGUAUAACAUCAAGCUUUAACAAAUAUUUAAAGACAAAGUCACAUCAAUAAGAUACUAAAAGACUCAUUUUUAUAUUUGUUUUAGAUGUUUUAAAUAGUUGCAAUGGCUUAAAAUGACGAUUUAAAAUGUUGCUUGUAAGACAGUUUUGCCUGCUAAAUUCUCCACAUUUUGUAACCUGUUUUAUUUCUUUGGGUGUAAAGCGUUUUUGCUUAGUAUUGUGAUAUUGUAUAUGUUUUGUCCCAGUUGUAUAGUAAUGUUUCAGUCCAUCAUCCAGCUUUGGCUGCUGAAAUCAUACAGCUGUGAAGACUUGCCUUUGUUUCUGUUAGACUGCUUUUCAUUUCCAUAUUGAGUAUCUUAAGUACUGUAGAAAAGAUGUCACUCUUCCUUUAAGGCUGUUUUGUAAUAUAUAUAAGGACUGGAAUUGUGUUUUUAAAAGAAAAGCAUUCAAGUAUGACAAUAAUACUAUCUGUGUUUUCACCAUUCAAAGUGCUGUUUAGUAGUUGAAACUUAAACUAUUUAAUGUCAUUUAAUAAAGUGACCAAAAUGU